CAAGCAUGGACGCGUCGGCGACGAGGAGCGUCAGUCGGUGAAAACACCGAAGCAAGAGGGGGUUGUGAUCGAUCACACAAUAAACGGAAACAGGCAACAGGCAUCGGUCUCACAUUCAAUAUUUCUCGCAUCGAUGUGAAAUGAGGUCAACAUGGGGGCCAAAGAGUCAAGGAUAGGUUUCCUCUCGUAUGACGAGGCGAUCAAGAGAGUGACGGACGUGGAGCUGAAGCGGCUGAAGGAUGCCUUCAAGCGAACCAGCGGACUCUCCUGCUACAUGAACCAGCAAUGCUUCUACAGAGAGGUCCUGGGGGACGGGGUGCCACCCAGAGUCGCAGAGGUAAUCUACAGUUCGUUUGGUGGCACAGCGAAAGGACUACACUUUAAUAACCUCAUCGUGGGGCUUGUUCUGCUGACCAGAGGAAGAGAUGAAGAGAAGGCCAAGUAUAUCUUCAGCCUGUUCGCCAGCGAGUCGGGCAGCCACGCCUUGCGGGAGGACAUGGAGGCCAUGCUGCAUGCUGUGGAUGGGGAGGUCCCCCCUUCACUCAGGAAGUGCUUCUCAGAGGGAGAGAAAGUCAAUUAUGAGAAAUUUAAGAACUGGCUGCUGCAGAACAAAGAAGCGUUUACGUUCUCCCGCUGGCUUCUCUCUGGGGGCGUCUGCGUCACCCUGACAGACGACAGCGACACACCCACCUUCUACCAGACACUGGCCGGAGUCACCCACUUAGAAGAGGCGGACAUCAUCGACUUGGAGAAGCGCUACUGGCUGCUGAAAGCUCAGUCUCGAACUGGCCGCUUUGACCUGGAAACCUUCGUUCCUCUGGUCUCCCCUCCAAUACAUGCCUCACUGAGUGAAGGUCUCUUUCAUGCCUUUGAUGAGAACCGGGACAAUCACAUCGAUUUUAAGGAGAUCUCCUGCGGGCUCUCAGCGUGCUGUCGGGGCCCUGAGGCCGAGAGACAGAAAUUUUGUUUCAAAGUGUUUGAUGUGGACCGGGAUGGAGUCCUGUGUCGAGCUGAGAUCCAGGACAUGGUGGUGGCACUGCUGGAGGUCUGGAAAGACAACCGCACAGACUCCCUCCCAGAGUUACAAGCCAACGUGUCUGACAUUGUGGAGGGCAUUCUGAAGAUGCAUGACACAACCAAGUUAGGGCACUUGACGCUGGAGGACUACCAGAUCUGGAGUGUGAAGAGUGCUCUUGCUAAUGAGUUCCUCAACCUGCUGUUUCAGGUGUGCCAUAUUGUCCUAGGGUUGCGGCCAGCCACAUCUGAGGAGGAGGGACGGAUCAUCAGGGGAUGGCUGGAGAGGGAAAGUAGACAUGGACUCCAGCCGGGACAAAACUGGUUCCUCAUCUCCAUGCAGUGGUGGCAGCAGUGGAAGGACUAUGUCAAAUAUGAUAACAAGCCCAUCAUAGCAGAACAACCAUCAGUCCUCGUAGCUGUGCGGGCCCCGUGGGCGAGGGCCACUGUGGAGCCAAUCUCUGACAGGGCUGCUACCACCACUUGCAGCAAUUCCUCAGAGGAGAAGCUCUCUGACAGCAUCUCCAGCGCAUCUGAGGCCUCCGAGACCAACAGCAGUGUGGCUCUGUCCAGCUCCGCAGCUACAGACACCUGCUUCCCCCGGCCACACAACCACAAUGUCUCUGACAACAACAACCAGUGCUUCUCAGGUGCCAAUGGAAAUGCACUCCCCCACCUGGCACCGCAGAGGCCCGGGGCCAUCGACAACCAGCCCCUUGUCACCCCGGAACCCAUGAAGGCCCCUACUCUGACCAUGGAGGGUGGGCGACUCAGGAGAGGGCAGCAGCUGGUGCCAGGGCAGGACUUUGAGACAGUGCCAGAGCCUGUGUGGAGAGCGCUAUAUCACUGGUAUGGAGCCAAUCUCAGCCUGCCCCGUCCGGUGAUCAGACAGACCAAGACAGAUUCCCCAGAGCUUGAGCUGUUCCCCCGCUAUCUGCUGUUCCUGCGCCAGCAGCCGAUGUCCCGCACCCCCCAGUCCAACAUCUGGGUCAAUAUGGGUAUGACGAGCCAGCGAAUGUUCCCCCAGCAUUUACCCAGAGGUAAUGUCCCCUCCCCCAAUGCGCCACUGAAGCGGGUGCUGGCCUACACCGGCUGCUUCAGCAGGAUGGCCACCAUCAAGGACAUCCACGAGUACCUGUCUCAGCGGCUGCGCAUCAGGGACGAGGACAUGAGGCUGUGGCUCUACAACAGCGAGAAUUACCUCACUCUUUUAGAUGAUGAAGACCACACAUUGGAAAGCCUGAAAAUACAGGAUGAACAGCACUUAGUAAUUGAAGUUCGGAACAAAGACAUGAGCUGGCCUGAGGAAAUGUCUUUCAUCGCCAACAGCAGUAAAAUCGACAGGCACAAAGGUGAAAUACUGCUUGUGUCAGUUCCCACAGAGAAAGGAGCCACGGGACUCAGUAACCUUGGAAACACAUGCUUCAUGAACUCCAGUAUUCAGUGCGUCAGCAACACCAAGCCUCUGACCCAGUAUUUCAUCUCAGGGAGACACCUGUAUGAACUCAACCGAACCAAUCCGAUUGGGAUGCGUGGUCACAUGGCCAAAUGUUAUGGCGAUCUGGUCCAGGAGCUGUGGAGUGGGACACAGAAGAAUGUUGCACCACUGAAACUCAGGUGGACGAUAGCAAAAUAUGCUCCAAGGUUCAACGGCUUCCAGCAGCAGGACUCUCAGGAGCUGCUGGCAUUCCUGCUGGACGGCCUCCACGAGGACCUGAACCGGGUCCAUGAGAAGCCCUAUGUGGAGCUGAAAGACAGCGAUGGGAGGCCAGACUGGGAGGUGGCAUCAGAGCAUUGGUGUCCUGAAAAUGGCAAGGAAGGGGCCUGGGAGAACCACCUUCGGAGGAACCGCUCCAUCGUGGUAGACCUGUUCCACGGCCAGCUCAAGUCGCAGGUCAAGUGCAAAACGUGCGGACAUAUUAGUGCGCGCUUUGACCCCUUCAACUUCCUGUCCCUUCCCCUGCCUAUGGACAGCUCAAUGCACUUAGAGAUCACAGUGAUUAAACUGGACGGGUCGACGCCAGUCCGGUACGGGCUGCGGCUCAACAUGGAUGAGAAGUACACCGGGUUAAAGAAGCAGCUGAGCGAGCUGUGCAACCUGAAGCCAGAGCAGAUCCUCCUGGCUGAGGUGCACUCCUCCAACAUUAAGAAUUUCCCGUUGGACAACCAGAAGGUGCGGCUGUCGGUGAACGGGUUUCUGUGCGCAUUUGAGAUCCCCGUGCCUGGUUCCCCCAUGUCCAUCUCCUCCCCCACGCAGACAGACGUUCCGGGUCUGGUGAACGGGAAGGCCAGUAUUGCCCCCAAUGGGAACCUGACAAGGCCCAGCCUGAUUCCUAAUGGCAUGCCGAACGUGGUCGUGCCCUACGGGGUGGAGCGGGGCCUGGCCAACAGCAUCCCCAACGGGCACGUGACACCCAUUCAGGAUAGCCCAUUCAUCGGUUACAUCAUUGCUAUGCACAGGAAGAUGAUGAGGACGGAGCUGUACUUCCUGUCAUCCCAGAAGAACAGGCCCAGCCUGUUCGGGAUGCCCCUAAUCGUGCCCUGUACCGUACACACCCGCAAGAGGGACCUGUACGACGCAGUGUGGAUCCAGGUGUCCCGCCUGGCCAGCCCACUGCCCCCACAGGAAGCCAGCAAUCACGCCCAGGACUGUGACGACAGCAUGGGCUACCAGUACCCCUUCACGCUGCGCGUGGUGCAAAAAGAUGGGAACUCAUGCGCCUGGUGCCCCUGGUACAGGUUCUGCAGGGGCUGCACAGUGGACUGCAAUGAGGACUGGGCUGCCGUGGGGAACGCCUACAUCGCCGUGGACUGGGAUCCCACCGCUCUGCACCUCCGCUACCAGACCUCCCAGGAGAGGAUCGUGGAGGAGCACACCAGUGUGGAGCAGAGUCGACGUGCUCAGGCAGAGCCCAUCAGCCUGGACAGCUGCCUGCGUGCGUUCACCAGCGAGGAGGAGCUGGGCGAGGAUGAGCUCUAUUAUUGCUCCAAGUGCCACGCCCACCGGCUGGCCACCAAGAAACUGGACCUGUGGAGGCUGCCACCCAUCCUGAUUGUUCACCUGAAGCGCUUCCAAUUUGUCAACGGCCGUUGGAUCAAAUCGCAGAAGAUUGUGAAAUUCCCCAGGGAGAAAUUCGACCCCAGUGCCUUCCUGGCGCCACGAGAGGCCGAGCAGAGCCUGCAGGCUCAGGGGGAGUGUCUGGGGGAGGAGAUGCUGAAGUGUGGGGGUGGGGACAUGGGGAGUGCCUCACCCCUCACUGCCCUCGCUGGGAUCUCCAACAGUGUUAAAGCAUCUCCAGGUUUGAGCAGGAAGUCCAGCAGGAACAGCAGCCCCAGCGGCAGCCCUAGGGGCGGGGCCUGGAAGCAGGGCCGCCUACGCCUGCCCCAGCUGGGCAGCCGGAAUCGUCUCUCCAACAGCAAGGAGAGCCUGGACUGUGGACGGGACAGUGCCACCGAACAGGAGCAGGGCGCGGCCGAGGCGGAUGGGCUCCGCCCACUGGGCGUGGCUGACGCCAGUGUCCAGGAGUCGUGGUCGGCAGAGGUGACCGCGAGCACCAACUGUGAUGUGAUCAUGGUGAACGGGCUGGGGCAGGAGAGUAGCCAAAGCAAUGGGCAUACGGAGUCUGGGGCCGAUGCGGACUCCUCCCAUCACCAAAGACAUGACAUCUGUCUGGAGCCCAUCUACAACUUAUAUGCAAUUUCAUGCCAUUCAGGAAUCCUGGGAGGGGGCCACUAUGUGACAUAUGCCAAAAACCCCAAUAACAAAUGGUACUGUUACAAUGACAGCAGCUGUAAGGAAGUCCACUCUGAGGAGAUCGACACAGACUCUGCCUACAUCCUGUUCUACGAGCAGCAGGACGUGGAUUAUUCCCAGUUUCUGCCAAAGACAGAUGGCAAAAAGAUGGCCGACACCAGUAGCAUGGACGAAGACUUUGAGUCAGAUUACAAGAAGUACUGUGUCCUCCAGUGACAAUUUGUUCUUCCGGAAAAGCAGCUGUAGCUCCUCUGCCGCCAGUGAGAGAGAGGGUGAGAGUUAGAGAGAGACAGAGAGAGAGAGAAAGAAAGAGAGAGAGGGAGGUUCCAAUGGCUCUCAUGGCCACGGAACAGAAGCACGAAAGUGACUGCACAUCACUGGGCCAGCGGAUGCCGGGGCGAGGGUGGGGUGGGUCUGUUGGCUAUGGUUGCCAUUUGGAAACGGUGGUACUUUUUUGAGCUUUUUUGGGUGUGAAGCAAGAGAAACGAGGUAAAACACUGCACCGGUUGGCGAUCAAAGCACUCACACACACACAUACACACACAGAGUAGUGACAUGAGCUCUUCUGUAUGGUGUGUUUGGAUAAACUGAUGUCACCAUGCAGGUGCACAUUUGCCACACUUUGAUAUCCGAAGGGUCUU